GUCAGAGCAAAUUUAUUGAAUCUCCCUAAAAUUCAUUUCAUCAGGUAAAAUGGAGCAUCCGAUGGUCCAGCGUUUGUUGAAUGUGUCCUUCGACACAGAUCGCUUCCUCGCUUUGGUAACACAUGGUGGAAAAAAUUUCCCAGACAAGGAAGGAAGGAAAUGGGUUAACGACCAUUUCAUGGUUACUAUCCAGCUCUCUAUCGUCUACGUUUGCGUGGUCUUCGGUCUGAAAUACCUAAUGCGUAACCGGCAGCCAUUCUCACUAUUCGUACCCCUCAACAUCUGGAACCUUUUCCUAGCCACAUUUUCCAUCAUAGGAACGAUCAAGCUCACGCCUGAAUUCUUCAAUACAAUCGUCAACAAAGGCUGGCAAAAUUCCUAUUGUUACGCCUACGAUUUCACCAAAGACGAGAAUGGAUACUGGGUGUUCCUCUUCAUAGUGUCCAAGAUCUUUGAACUCGUUGACACUGUGUUCAUCGUUUUGCGAAAGAGACCUCUCAUGUUCCUUCACUGGUACCAUCACAUUCUUACUGCUAUCUACGCUUUUUACUCGCACCCUCGCACCCCUGGGUUCAAUCGUUACGGUAUCUACCUCAACUUCCUGGUUCAUGCGUUUAUGUACAGCUAUUAUUUCCUUCGUUCGAUGAAAAUCAGCGUGCCAGGCAUUUUCGCAAAGUUCAUCACAACAAUACAAAUUCUUCAAUUCGUCAUCUCCUGCACUGUUUUGGUACACAUUGGCUACCUCGUGAACGUUGCCAAGGUUCCAUGCGACUUCGACAACAAUAUUUUCGUACUGGCUAUGUUCAUGGACACCACAUACCUAAUUCUAUUCAUCAACUUCUUCCUACAAUCGUACGUGCUUCGUGGAGGCAAAGCCAAGUACCAGUCAGUAUCCACCGAAUCAAAGAAGAGGAAAUAAAUUCGAAAACGGGUCAUUGCUAGCUCUAGAAUGAAUUGUACGACUUCACCGAGUAGGUGAAGUGUAAUGCGAUUUUUUUUUCAUAGAAGAGGUUAAUGUUCGUUUUUGCUUUUAUUCUUUUGUGGCGCUCAAAUGAAGAUCUGGCAUUGUCUUAUCAUUCCCUCACUACAUCAUUGUGUUUUUUCUUGUCCUUGCUUUUGGCAGCAGCGAUUUGAUAUCGCAUUUGUGCUAUACAUCGCGAUGAUUC